UUUGGUGCAGUGUCGACGGUGGAUGUGGACGCGGUGCUGGGGCGCACGGCGUCGCUUCCGUGUGACGUCACGCCCGACGCCAACGAGGACCGCGUCUACAUGGUGCUAUGGUUCCGUAAGAGUGGAGGAAAACCUAUAUAUAGCUUUGAUGUUCGAGGGAGAUCUUUCAACAAAGCCUUACAGUGGUCUGACCCUGGGGCAUUUGGCCCUCGAGCGUAUUUCGCCACCGUCGCCAGACCAGCAGCACUGACCCUCAGCUCGGUGCAACUAGACGACGAAGGCGUCUACAGAUGUAGAGUCGAUUUCAAAAACUCGCCGACUAGAAAUUUCCAAAUCAGACUCACGGUAAUAGUGCCUCCUCAUCAGAUGCUGCUUUAUGACAAGUCUGGAGCUGACGUCUCCGGCGUGGUGGGACCUUUGGAGGAGGGGGCAGCGUUGGUGCUGGUGUGUGAAGUACGAGGUGGUCGUCCAGAACCGACAGUCUCUUGGUGGAUUGACGGAACCCCAGCCUCACAGUACAUAGGUGUCAAGACCGACACACACGUCAUCGUGAACCGUCUGGAGCUUCAGCACCUGAAGAGAGAAGACCUCAACACCACCUUCAAAUGCAGAGCAUCCAACACCAACCUAGUACCGCCGCAGGAGAAAAUUGUACGACUGGAGCUGAACUUGGUUCCUUUGUCGGUUUCGCUGCUGAACCGCCCGCAGCAACUCCUGGCUGGGGCGGCCGCCACCCUGCGCUGCGUAUCUGAAGGAAGCCGCCCACCAGCUCAGAUGGUCUGGUACAAAGAUAACCGGGCCUUCGAUAAAAAUAUGAUAUCAGAUCACUCCAACGAGACAUGGUCCGUCAGCACUCUGGUGUUCAGCCCGAGCCCAGCGGACAACGGCGCGAUGGUGAAGUGUGUGGCUUCAAACCCCAGUCUCCCCACGAAGUCGAUUGACGACAACCUACAGCUCAACGUCGUAUACAGCCCCCUUGUGUCCCUGACACUUGGCAGCACGCUGAAUCCUCAUGACAUAAAGGAAGGUGACGAUGUAUACUUCGAGUGCAACGUUCGCGCCAACCCGAGGGAGCAUCGCAUCUCUUGGUACCAUAACGACAGGCCUGUGAGUCAGAAUAUGACGUCAGGCAUCAUCGUCAGCACUCGCUCCCUGGUACUGCAGAAGGUGACACGAAGAGAAGCUGGCAGCUACUCUUGCAAGGCAGCCAAUGCUAGAGGGGAGACGUCCAGCAAAGUCGUAUCUUUAAGGGUGCAAUAUGCGCCAGUAUGUGGGGAGACAUCACCACAAGUGGUGGGGGCGGCACUGGACGAGGUGCUGCGCGUGCGCUGCUCAGUACACGCCGACCCCGCUGACGUCACGUUUCUGUGGCAGUUCAACAACAGUGGCGAGAGCUUCAAUGUUUCUCCCGCUAGAUACGGCACGGUGAACGGCAGUAUUAGCGAGCUUCGGUAUACCCCGGCAAGUGAACGGGACUACGGUGCGCUGACCUGCCGGGGCACCAACACAGUAGGCAGGCAGGCACAACCGUGUGUCUUCCAAAUUGUACCAGCUGCUCGUCCGUCACCACCAAGAAACUGCACGGUGUCAGCGGGCAAUGGCUCCAACUGGAUCGAGGACUCCAGUCGGGAAGACUUUGAAGAACCUCUCAUUGUCCGCUGUGUCACCGGCUAUGACGGAGGACUGCCGCAGUUGGUUGUUCUAGAAGCUUUGGAUUCUGACAGCGGGAAAAUCAGGUUCAAUGUUACCGCUAAUGAGACAGACGGUGUGGCCAUUUUCCUGGUGCCGGCCGCGGUGCUGUGGUCGAGUGGAAAUGCUCUUAGAUUAACGGUGCACUCCAGGAACGACAAAGGUGCUUCGGACCGUAUCAUGCUUCAUGCUCUGGCGUAUCAGGACCCUGAAAGAAGAACAGAUGGCGGCACUAGUUUGAUGGCUGGUGUGUCGAAGGCUGCGUUUUGGUCUAUCAUUUUCACCAUCAUCAUCUGUGGCUGUGUAGCUGUUUUUACUGGAUAUUUUCUACGUAGAAAAAGGAGUAAUCCGCCGACAAAGCAACAGUCUUCAGAGCUUCAGCUGAACGCUGGUGACGGGCAGUACGUCGUGGCGUACACUCUCAAGCCCCCCAAGCAAGCUCAGCCGGACAUAUUGAAUCCGCCGCCAGGAUGUGUAAAGGCAUUCAAAGAGCAUCACUUUUCAUUUCCAUCUCGUUCCAAACAAUAUAUUGAAACAGGAUCAAACUGUUUGCACACAGACGGGGUUCCGGCGAAGUGCGUUGCAGAGGCCGCGAAAAACGGCGGCGUGCACAGCGACGAGUGGGGGGAGGACGUGCACGCAACGAUAGACGAUCAACGAUCCGUACUGUCACCACCAAAAGCAGUGUUAAGUAAACAACCCAUUCCUUUAGGUAAUAUGACGUUAAGUAGGAGAGAGCACCUCAUAGCCGAGGAGAUUCCAGGACCAGAGAGCUGUGUAUAAAAUGUAAAUAAAAACAAAAAUAAUGUAAAUAAUACUAUUUUAUAAGAAACUCUACCAAAAGCUUCGAAAAACAGAACAAAACUCUGUACAGUUUAAUAUAGAGUGAAUAUUUUUGACCUAGAAAAUGCCUAAUUUAAUUAGGUUAAUCGGUAAGCAACUACACAAUUAUACUUAAUUUAUAAUUCCAUGUUAAGUUCGGGCUGAAAUAAUCGUGACGAAAUUAUAAGACAACCAUUAUUCGGCUAAUUAAUCGUUGGUAUAUUAAUAAUUAAACAAUUAUGGGGACGAUUACGACGAUAAUACUAUAAUUAUGUAUUUUUUACAUAAAAAGAUAAAAAGAAUAUUUGUAAAAAAACGACUCCCGCAUUGAGGAAUUUAAUUGUGUCUUGCGCUUUUUCAUAAAUAUUCUAUUAACAUGCACAAAGACAUCCAGACUCAGGAC